AUGAUGCAAGCACCCAUCCCCAUUGCACAGGCUCCAAGCCGCCUCGACGCCUUCAGCUUUCAACGCCCCGGAGGCCUCACACCACGAGCCUCGUCUAGCUUCGUUGGCAGCGCCAGCUACAAGGAGCCCAUGGCCGUCUCCUUUGGCAAGGAUGUCUCAGAAAUCAUGGACUAUUCCAUCUCAAGGUUUGGCACUUCCACCGAGUCCGACGCCACCGUCGCUCCCUCCUCAGUCCGCCUCGAGUCCACCUUCUGCCGCAACUUCACAUGCUGUGGCCAAAAGCUUGACGAUCUCCAUGACCUGCUCCAACACUACGAAGAGUGCCACGUUCGUUUCGAGGAUGACGAGAUGCCCGCCAUGAUUGCCGACGAUGAAGUCGAGUCCUCGGGUUCAUCCAACGCUUCCACAUCACAACCUUCCAGCCCGCGCACCUCCAACGCCGGCUCCACUGCCUCGGCCGCCGCCGCUGUCACCGCCGCGACCACUCCUGGCGCCAGCACCUCGGCCUUGGACGUUACUACCCCGACCGGUCUCGACGAUGUGGACAAGGCCUCCGCCUUCGACACCGCCAUCAUGCGCUCACCAUCGCUCUCCAAGGGCAAGAAGCGCUCCUUCGGUCAGUACUCGAGCUCGUCGUCGGCAAACCCCAAUGGCGCCAUCCACAACUCGUUGAGGCGAGCUCUCAUCGACGGCGGUGUUGGCCGCAGGGCACCUGGCACUCCCAACAUCUAUGCCCCCAACUCGCCCUUCUCGACACCAGGUGGCUCCAUCCCCGGCACUCCCUCGCUCGACGCCGAGAACGAUGGCUACUUCACCAACGGCCUCAACCCUGCCGCCUUCUCCGCGCUUUCCAUCCGCUCGAGCAACACCGACGACCACCAUCUUCCCUCCUGCGCGCCACCCAACCUCUUCUUCCCCGCCUCGGGCACCGCUUCGUCCUCGUCGCAGCCCCCCGCUAAGCGUGAGAAGACCAGCGCAGUCACCACUGCUUCCACCAUCGCCCUCGAGAACGCCCUGCGAGCCGGCGCCGCCAACGUCGACAAGCCCUACAAGUGCCCUGCACCGGGCUGCGACAAGGCAUACAAGCAGAUGAAUGGUCUCAAGUACCACCGCCUUCACGGUCACUGCAACCAGAACAACCUCCCCAUCACUGCCCAGGCGGCUGCUCAGCCACCCACCAUUCACAUCUCGACCAACUCGACCGCCUCGUCGCCACAGCCCGAGUCGGCCGAUGGUCUCAAGGUGGAGGACGGUGUCACCACCCCGACGCUGGGUUCUCCUUCGUCGCCAACAGCCAGCGCCAACUCGUCGCCCGAUCCGGCCAGCCCCGCCACGCAGGCGCCCAUCCCCCUGGGUGACCGUCUAUACAUCUGCCAGGUCGGCGCUUGCGGUAAGCGUUACAAGAACCUCAACGGUCUGCGUUACCACUACCUUCACUCUGGAUCACACGGUCUUUUGGGGUUGCAGCUUCUCCAGUCUGGCGGUGGUGCUAGCGCCAAGGUCGACGCCACCGGUCGUGCGCCGGUCAGCACCAGCACGCUCAGUCAGGAAGAGAUCGCUGCCGCCGCUCAGGCUGCGCAGCUGGCGCAGGAGCAGAUCCAGGCGCAGGCAGCUAAGAGCGCCGCUGCUACCGCUGCCGCCGCCGCUGCAGCUUCGGCCGCAGCUGCCGCACGCAAGGAGGAGAUCGAACGACAGACACCUACCAUCUCGACGCCACCAUCCGGCCUGACGCAGGCGCUGCAAGCGGCGGCAGCACAGCAGCAGCAGCAGGCCUCGACGCCAUCGACUACCGGCUUGUAG